AUGGAGAUGACGGGAGAGAAUGAGGUCCCGGUGGUGCCGGCAGUUGAGCCGGUGGCUGAUCCCAUGACUGUGGAACAGUUGGAGCACGAGGAUGGGGAGACUUGGUGGAAUGAAGUGAUCGAGGAUGGGGAGGUGGAGAAAACGACGGAGGAGUUUGAGGAGUUGUUAGAGAUCCAGGAGGCGAAGGAAGUGGUUGAUGGGGGAAGUGAGAAAGUGGAUACCAUGCUCGGUGUUGAGCAAUUCGUAGACGUGGAGGCUAAGGAAGUUGGGAAGAAUAAGGCUGUGGCGGUGAGGAAAGUCGGAGUGCGCCGUAAGGUCACGAAAGCAACGGUGGGAGUCGGUGGCCCUCUGAAGCGUCUAUUGCAGGGAGCAAAGACGCCAAAGAAGAAACCGGUGCCUAGAGAGGCAACCCGUAUUGGGGAUAUGGCAACGGGAAGUGGAGCGGACAAGGACCCGGCGGAGGGAUCGGAGGCUACUAAUCCAGCUGUUUGA